AUGGCAACCGAAGAAACCAAGAAGCGCAGCUACGUCUUCUUCGACGUGACCAUCGGGUCUAAACCCGCCGGUCGCAUCACCUUCGAGUUGUACGACGAUGUAGUGCCGAAGACAGCCGAGAACUUCCGCGCCCUCUGCACGGGUGAGAAGGGCCUAGGCAAGUCCGGCAAGCCCCUCCACUACAAGGGCUCCGGCUUCCACCGAGUGAUCAAACAAUUCAUGAUCCAGGGUGGUGACUUCACAGCUGGCGACGGUACCGGUGGUGAGAGUAUCUACGGCGCCAAGUUCGAGGAUGAGAACUUCGAACUCAAGCAUGAAAGACCUUUCUUGCUUAGCAUGGCCAAUGCUGGUCCCGGCACCAACGGCUCCCAAUUCUUCGUAACAACCGUCCCCACGCCCCACCUAGACGGAAAGCACGUCGUCUUCGGCGAAGUAAAAUCCGGCAGAUCCGUAGUCCGCCAGAUCGAAAACCUACGCACAACAAACGACAAACCCAACCAAUCCGCCACCAUAUCCGACAGCGGCGAGCUCUCGGCAGCCGCCGUAGCCACUCUCUCAACUGGCGGCGCUAAGACCGCCGACGCGUACGGAGACGUAUACGAGGACUUCCCCGAAGACGAAGCUGAGCAACCUUUAUCCGCUUCGCACGUACUGAAGGUAGCAUCCGAUUGCAAAGACUACGGUAACAAAGCCUUCAAGGCAGCCGAUCUGCUAGGAGGAUUGGAGAAAUACCAAAAAGGUCUACGUUACCUAAACGAAGAACCGGAAAUCAAAGACGACGAGAAGGACCUGAGACAGAAACUCGACGCGCUGCGCUUUUCACUGAAUAAUAACUCGGCGUUAUUGAAUUUGAAACUCGAGGCUUGGGACGAGGCUCAGCGUAGUGCGACUGCGGCUCUAGCCUCGCCUGGUGCGACGGAUUCUGAGCGUGCGAAGGCGUUGUACCGUCAGGGUGUCGCGCUUGUGCAUCUUAAGGACGAGGACUCUGCGAUUGCGUCGCUUGAGAAGGCGAAGGCGCUAGCGCCUGGUGAUGCGGCGAUUACUAAGGAGCUUGAUACUGUGCGCAAGCAAGCUGCGGCGAGACUGGCGAAGGAGAAGGCUGCUUAUAAGAAGUUCUUUGCGUGA